GUGGGUUUUACUUGAUCCCUUGCAACAUUCGCAAGCAGCCCUCCAGGGAUGUGCGGCUAAAUUGCUAGCGGUUGUUUAAGGAACUUCAUCCCCCAGAAGGGACCUUCCUCUCCUGCGUCGGAGGCAGUAUCAUAGCCGGUCGCUCUGUAUAGAAGGAAGUCUGCGGUUGGAUACUUUUUGGAUGUUAUCCGACCGACAGGCCUUUGUGUUUGGAGGGGAUGGCGGCGGACGUGCAUAAAGAGCCCCGCGAGGAGGGACGCAACGACGGCCCGAAGCGACAACAGUCUCGGGGCUCCAGCUCCCAGAUCUCCAUCAGGAUUUACACUCUGCUCCUGGUUCUUGUUGUUCCUCUCCUGGCGUGCGGCAUCAAGUACUAUCAAGAAACCCACCUUCAAAAUCGACACGAGGAGAGUGUGCAAACUCUGGGUGCAGAGGGGCUUUUUCUCUUCUCCUCUUUAGACACCAACCAUGACCUCUAUCUCAGUCCGGAGGAAUUUAAACCAGUGGUGGAGAAACUCACAGGGGUUACACCACCGCGGGACAUUGAAGAUGAGGUGAUUGAAGACCCAGAUGGGGAGACUUUAACGCUGGAGGCCAAAAUGGAGCCUCUGCUCAUGGACUCCAUGACAAAAAGCAAAGAUGGCUUCCUUGGGGUCUCUCACAGCUGCCUGAGUGGUCUGCGCUCAUGGAAGAGUCCAGCCGUGCCUUCCUCUUCUUUCUUCGCCAGUCAGUUCAAGGUCUUCCUUCCGCCCAAGAAUAAGCAGGAGGUUGGAGACACAUGGUGGGUGAUCCCCAGCGAACUCAACAUUUUCACCGGGUACCUGCCCAACAACCGCUACCACCCUCCCACACCAAAGGGCAAAGAGGUUCUCAUCCACUCACUGCUGAUCAUGUUUCACCCCCGACCCUUCAUAAAAUCUCGCUUUGCGCCUCAGGGCACCAUCGCGUGCAUACGUGCCAGUAACGACUUCUAUUACGACAUUGUGUUCCGGAUUCAUGCAGAGUUCCAGCUAAACGAUGUCCCCAACUUUCCCUUCUGGUUCACGCCAGGCCAAUUCACAGGCAGCAUUGUCCUCGCGAAAGACGCCUCUCACGUGCGGCACUUUCAUCUCUACGUCCCCAGUGACAAGUCUCUGAAUGUGGACAUGGAGUGGCUGUAUGGCGCCAGCGAAAGCAGCAACAUGGAGGUGGACAUCGGCUACCUGCCACUGCUGGAGUUGCAGUCCACCGGGCCAUCCAUUCCCUCCGUCAUCAUGGACGAAGAGGGCAACGUCAUCGACAGCCGAGGUGGCAGCGCUGAGCCGAUCCAGUUUGUCUUUGAGGACAUUGACUGGAGCGUAGAGAUCGAUCAAAAAGAAGCCGCCCGUCGUCUGGAGGUCACCCUGUAUCCCUUCAAGAAGGUCUCCUACCUGCCUUUUUCGGAGGCCUUCCAGCGAGCCGAAGCAGAGAAGAAGUUGGUGCAUUCCAUUCUACUUUGGGGAGCACUUGACGACCAGUCCUGCUGAGGUUCGGGGCGAACUCUCCGGGAGACCGUCCUGGAAAGUUCGCCCAUUCUGGCUUUGCUCAACCAGAGCUUUGUGAGCAGCUGGUCUCUGGUCAAAGAGCUGGAGAACUUGCAGGCUGAUGAGCGUAGCCCUGCACUGAGUGAAAAGGCCCGCCUGCACCUUGACAAGUACACCUUCCCUGUGGAGAUGAUGGUCGCCCUGCCGAAUGGAACCAUUGUCCAUCACAUAAAUGCAAACUUCUUCCUGGAUCAAACGUCCAUGAAGCCUGAUGAUGGCGAGGAGCAGGACGGAACCACUUUCAGCUUCUCUGGAGGGUUUGAAGACCCCUCCACUUCCACUUACAUGAGUUUCCUGAAGGAGGGGCUGGAGAGGGCUAAGCAGUACCUGGCACAGUAGAAUGCGCGUGCUCGUGUGCGUGUGCGUGUGUGUGAGAUCAUUCUUGUGGCUAAACAAGUGUGAUGAGAAAGCUUCUCCAGAGUGUAAGUGGCAAAGCACUGAGAGCUGCUGAAAAGUUUUUUUUUUGUUUUAUCGCAAACUCCACCAUUAAGUUAACCCGUAAUGAUUGUAGUGCAUUUUAGGUUCAUCUGGAAAUUUGACCAAAGUUGAAUUUCGCUAUUUUUUUGCAAGUAAUCAAAGCCUCCAGAAGAGGAGGUGGAAGUGUGGCCUCUGAGCGCCUUUCAGCAGUUUGUGACGGUGCUGCCUGAAAGCUCUUCUAGGGCCGGGCAGAACCUGAUGAUCGUUGCUGAUGAAGCGUCUGGCAGAACAAACACCCCCCAUGUUACUCAAUCGUCGGGGACUGAUGCAGCAGGAGAUGUCUCCCAUCGGUCUGUGGCGCAAAAUAUGCAGAAUUCAGGCAUGGUCAGAAUAUUUAGCAGCCGUCUGAUAGCUCUGUGCAAUGCAAAGAAGAAAAACUCACUAACAAGAGGAGCACAAGCAUUUUUUUUGGAUAACUUUUAUGAAUGUUUUUCUGAGCUACAUAUGUUGUCUGUAUUUCAUGUUUUUUUUGUACUAUUUUCGUUUGCCAGAGGGGAGAUACACUACACCAAAGAACAUUGUUAUAAUUUAUAGUCGUUGACUCACAGCUAAAAGAGCAAACAGUUGCAAAUCCAUCUGACAAGUCGCCUGUUUCUCACCGAUUCAUCUCAAAGGAAGCAAUUUAGCUAAAGGCAAAACGACACUAUUUGCCUGUGGUUGUACUCAAGGGACCUUGGUCUUAUUUCCUGUUACAAAAAAAAAGAAGAAAAUGUGUGACUGUUUAUUUGUCUCAUUUUGUUUGACCCUGAGCAGAAGACAAUUUGUUCAGGUCUGUUGCCGAUUCUCAUAAAUGAGAAUUCUGAAUUUAACAGUAAAACACUGAUUCUCUGACA